AUGGCCACAAAGGGCAAACAGCUCCCGCACGAGCGCCGCAAAGGCGAAUCGGCGUUGAGCGAAUUCGCGGAUUAUGUCGAGAAACAGCAAGCACUCCGCUACCCAUCCACAGCUGGCUCAUCCACUACAGCCGUCGAAGACCAUGACGAGCUUGACAUCCUGAACUCCCUAGACCUUGCAGAUACUUCUCCAGCUGUCCGAUUAAAAGAGCUCCUCCUCAGCCAAGAUGAUGACACGUUGGCCAUACUAGUGGACUUGUUGGAGCUAAGGACCGAAGAAGGCCAUGGCGAAACCAUUUUCGAGAUCGGAUUCGAGAACAAUGGCGAUUGUAUGCAGCUAAGCAAAGAGGAAUGGGAAGUGGCUAUGAAUAGGUUAAAUCAGGCCGCGAAAAGGAUCCGAGCAGAUUGCCAAGUUCUAUUAACGAAGAACGUGGGCGGUGAAGCUGAAGCAGAGAGCGCCGCCAGCGGGAAAGAAAUGGCCUGCAGUGGAAAAAUAUUAAUAAGACAGCACCCUGCUACCGUUGAGGAUGUUAUCGAGACCCGGAUCGCGGUAGUGGGUAAUGUGGAUGCCGGGAAAAGCACCAUGCUGGGUGUACUGGUUAAGGGAGGUCUUGACGAUGGACGAGGAAAGGCUCGAGUCAAUCUUUUUCGACAUAAACACGAAAUUGAAAGUGGACGGACUAGUUCCGUUGGCAUGGAAAUUAUGGGUUAUGACACCAUGGGCAAAGUUGUCGCAUCGGAUGUCCCAGGGCGAAAACUGUCUUGGGAGGAGAUUGGUAAACGCUCCGCUAAAGUUAUAUCCUUCACUGAUCUUGCUGGUCACGAGCGAUAUCUUCGAACUACGGUCUUUGGGCUUCUUUCCUCGAGCCCGAACUAUUGCCUCCUGAUGGUGGCUGCGAACAAUGGCCUCAUUGGGAUGAGUAAAGAGCAUCUGGGGAUUGCGUUGGCCCUCAAUGUCCCAGUGAUGGUAGUCAUCACCAAAAUUGACAUUUGUCCACCAAACAUCCUGGAGCAAACCAUUCAGCAAAUCACUCGUAUCCUCAAGAGUCCAGGCGCUAGAAAGAUUCCAAUUUUCAUUAAGAACCGGGAGGAGUGUAUCAAUACGGCAACUCAAUUCGUCAGUCAGAGAAUCUGCCCGAUCUUCCAGGUCUCUAACGUGACUGGGGAGUCCCUCGACCUAGUUCGGUCAUUCCUUAAUAUCCUUCCACACCACGGCCAUUACGAUGCCGAUGCCCCCUUUGAAUUUCACAUCAACGACACUUUCUCCGUUCCAUUCGUAGGGACAGUUGUCUCUGGUAUUGUGAAAAGCGGUGUCAUCCAUACUGGCGACACAAUACUUAUUGGACCCGAUUCGCUCGGCCAAUUUACAACGACAACCAUCAGAUCCAUCGAGCGAAAACGCAUACCAGUCCCAGCUGCUUCUGCUGGACAAUCUGCAUCUUUUGCAUUGAAACGUGUCAGACGAAAAGAUGUUCGAAAAGGGAUGGUUGUUCUCCCUAAAUUAGAACACAAUGCUCCAAAAGUCUACCGCGAGUUUGUUGCAGAAGUACUCAUUUUAUCCCAUGCCACCACUAUUAAAACGAAAUACCAAGCCAUGCUUCACGUUGGCCCGAUCUCCCAAACCUGCGCCAUCAUAGACAUUGACCGGUCCUAUAUUAGAACCGGGGAUCGAGCUACAGUAGCAUUCAGGUUUGUUCAGAGACCGGAGUAUCUAGCACCCGGCGAUCGGCUGCUGUUCAGGGAAGGUCGCACCAAAGGAUUAGGUAUUGUUAAGAGUGUUGGGUAUGAUCCUAAAAAGCCCUUGAAUCCUGAUGUGGCAAAGGAGGAAGGAAGUACUACUACUAAUAGUACAAUUGGGAGCACCACGGAAAAUUCCCUAGGCGCAGCGGCGCCUGCUCCUACCACUUAA